GGCGAACCGCCAUUUUGAGCGACUCCGUCGGAAGAGGCAGAAGGCCGGGAAAUUUCUGGUUCUUAGACCAGAGAGGCCGGAUGGUGAAAUCCUCUCUCCAACGGAUACUCAAUAGCCAUUGCUUUGCCAGAGAAAAGGAAGGAAAUAAAAGAAGCUGCACCAUGCCUCUUCUGAGUAUUCCCAGUAAUAGUGAAAGUUCCAGGGUUUCUUUCAAUUGCUGUAGUAACCUGGGUCCCGGGCCUCGGUGGUGUUCCGAUGUCCCUCACCCACCCCUGAAGAUCCCAGGUGGGCGAGGGAAUAGUCAGAGGGAUCACAAUCUUUCAGCUAAUUUAUUUUAUUCUGAUAAUAGGCUGAACAUAACAGAGGAGCUUACGUCCAAUAACAGGACCAAAAUUCUUAAUGUGGAAUCCAGGCUAUCAGAUGGCAAACAAGUAGAUUGGAGAGCCGUCUUAAACAACAAUAACCUGUAUAUAGAAAUGCCAAGUGGCACACUCCCAGAUGGGAGCAAAGAUAGUUUUGCUGUUCUGUUAGAAUUUGCAGAGGAGCAACUCCAAGUCGAUCAUGUCUUCAUCUGUUUCCACAAGAACAGAGAUGAUAGAGCUGCACUUCUACGAACAUUCAGCUUUUUGGGCUUUGAGAUUGUGAGACCUGGACAUCCCCUAGUCCCUAAGAGACCAGAUGCUUGCUUCAUGGCUUACACGUUUGAAAGAGAUUCUUGUGAUGAAGAUUAGAAAUCCUGCAAUGUCCUGCAACUUUUUAGAGCUUUAUUUUCUUUAGUCAUCAAUUUAAGAUGAGUUGUGAGAAGUCUUAUCAACAUCUUCUCAGGUUUUUUUUUCCUGGUGUGGUUGUAUUUUUGCCUUGGUUAAUCUAGGCUGGAGCAGGUAGUCGGGACAAGAUGUUGAUUUUAUUUUUUCAACCCAGAUGUCUUCUGAAUUUGUUUGCAUGUUUUGGUGUUGAAUAAAUGCGCACUCCAGAUUACUGCAAUGUUGUUGGAGGUUUUAUGUGUUUUGUGAUUUCAGAUGUCUUGCUUUAAUUCUCUAAAUAAAACCUUUAAAUUUG